CACAUGGUUAGGUACGAAGUGAUUACGUUAAAGGACUUUGCUUCACAUAUUCGGUGAAUGGAUUGAGUGUGAGUUCAUAUACCAGAGAGGGCGCUUUCCAAGUUGUUAUUCUGAACACCCAGAGAGCUACUGCAGGAAAAUCCCAAAGAGAUGAAGUCUCACUGCUGCCCAUAUUGUGAGAAAAUGUUUACAGUUCAAUCAAAACUUAAAACGCACAUAAUAACGCACACAGGAGAGAAGCCUUACUGCUGUUCUGACUGUGGGAGUAGUUUUGCUCAAAAGCAAAACUUAAAGCGACAUCAAAGAAUACACACCGGAGAGAAGCUUUACUGCUGCACUGAGUGUGGGAAAAUGUUGUGUGAUCUACAAACCUUAAUUCAACACAAGAGAACACACACAGGAGAGAAGCCUUUUUGCUGCUCUGAGUGUGGGAAAACAUUUUCUCAACAUCAGGGUUUAAAUCAACACAAGAGAAAGCACACAGGAGAGAAACCGUACUGCUGCCUUGACUGUGGGAGUAGUUUUGCUCAACCACAAACCUUAAAGCGACACCAGAAAUUACACACAGGAGAGAAGCUUUACUACUGCUCUGACUGUGGGAGUAGUUUUACUCAACUGCAAAACUUAAAGCGACAUGAGAAAAUACACACAGGAGAGAAACCUUACUGCUGCUCUGAGUGUGGGAAAAUGUUUUCUGCACUUCUGGACUUAAAGCAACAUAACAGAACACACACAGGAGAAAAGCCUUACUGCUGCUCUGAGUGUGCGAAAACCUUUUCUCAACUUCAUGCCUUAAAAGAACACAAGAGAACACAUACAGGUGAGAAGCCUUAUAGCUGUUCUGAGUGUGGAAAGGCCUUUUCUAAUCUUAGUAAUUUUAAAUUUCACCAGAAAAUACACACAGGAGAGAAGCCAUUCUCUUGCUUUGAUUGCAGGAAAACCUUUUAUCGACUGUCAUACUUAGAGCGACACAGAAGAACACACACAGGAGAGAAGCCAUAUAGCUGCUCUGAGUGCGGAAAGUGUUAUGCUAGUCUUAGUGGUUUUCAGUAUCACCAGAAAAUACACACAGGACAGAAACCAUCUCAGCAUCUGUGAUUAAAAUCAGUUAGACUUUUUUUGAUGGUCAAAAAUCAGACUUGCAAUUACAUGUACCAUUAAUGCCCCAUUUCCACUGAUGCUUUAUCCUGAUGUCCAGACUUUUUUCUGUUUCCACUGACACGGGCCAGUUGGCCACUAGGCCAUGGCCGAGUAACCCGACUCUCACUUGGUGACUUUAGGAUUUAGGGCGGAGUUUGCGAAUUGACGCGUGACGUGGUGUGAAAACGCGACAUGUUGUUCUAUUGGAAUGGCGAUGUUCAUCAUUUGCUUCAGGCAAAAUGAUGAACAUCGUAAUGGUUUUCAUCCGAUUUAACAAACAGAUCUUUCACAAAAUAAAGAAAAUGAAGCAGCACUACAGGGAAACAAAGACUCAGAACGGAAAGAGUUGUAGCGACCCAAUGUGGUACGAUACCACUGACUCAUUAGAAAAACGGAGCGCUGAUACUGAGACGUAGCCUGCAGCGCAUAGAACAACUUAAAAGUACCUCAGAAUCCUCCCAAAUCCUUCUAUUAAAGUUAGAUAGUUUUAACAAAAUUAAAUAAUGAAUACAAAACUAAAUAAUGAGUAGAUAGUUUUUCCAAAUAAAUAAUGAAUACACUGGCUUACAUAGGUGGGGACGGAACCGGUCGCAGGAUUUUGAUGAAUAAAUUAGUUAGUUCAAACGCCGUAUUGUAAACAAACUGCGCAUGGCGUUAUUGUUUAUUUUAUUUUACUACCAGAGAAAUAUCGCCUUUUAUUUUUCGUUACUGGAAAACUAAAUCGCAUUGUUUACUCCUCCCUCUCCAUCUGAGCCCCUCUCUAAGUCUUUGGUACUAAAUGUGUAGUGGAAACAGGAAAGUCUGGAGCCAACAUUAGCAUAAAUCACCGGUGUAGGCCUAGUGCCACACCAGUGGAAACGCGGCAUUAAUCAUCUGAUUUACUUCACAAAAGGCACAUGUCUGUAGGAGGGUGCUCAAAUGCGUUUUGUGCUCCAAAUGUAUUUUUGUAUGUGGUCUGUUGAAUAGAAGUUUAAACGUAGCUUGAUUAUAUUACGUAGCUUGAUUACAUUAGUGUUUCUGUUUUACUGUGUUAGCAAUGACUAAAAUCUUCUUCUAGGUGGUUGUAUUUUCUUUUAAUUAUUGUCUUUUUGUGAAGAAUGUUCAUGCUAUGGUAUUGCUGUACAUGUAUUUAAUACACUUCAGCUGAUUUAAUGAGAUUUGUCUGCCGUAAAAAAAAACAUUUUAAUGUUAACUGGAAAUGAAACAUCCAUCAGGAUUGUUUUUUUUCGAACAAACUCACAAGACAAUUGUAUUUUCUAAAGGUAGCAGAAGCAUUUUAU